AUGCGAGAAGCCACCCCGACACCAGUGUCUACAGACUCGCCUGUUCCUCCAAUUUCGCAAUCAGGCCUCCUCUCCGAUGGCGCAAAAGCUGGACUAGCAGCCGGCUUCAUGUUCAUGCUGGUUUCCGCCUUCCUCGGUCUAGGCUGGUACAUCCGGCGCCUGAAGAGGAAGUUGCGCGUUGUUCAGCAAAUCGCGUCUAAGACACCCGACGAUGCAGCAUCAACGUAUGGCGAGGAAUUCAAUCCAAUGGAACCUAUUCACCGAACCCGCCAACCAAGCUGGACACGAGGCAGUAUUGGCAGCAGCAAUGGCCCCAUGAGCCCCUUCAUCCCGCAAUUGCGCAGCACCGAGGAAAUCACCACGAUGACUGCCAACUACGCCGGCGCCUCCAACGCGCCCUACCCACACGUCCUAAGCAUCGUCAUCGAGCAGGAAGAAGAAGAUAGCAGCAGCAUCAAAGAGCCUGUCCCCGGCCAGAAGGAGGGCCUUAGUGGGCCACUGGAGCUUGACGGUGCGCACACGGGUCUGUUUGAGAUGCCUUUGGCUGUUACACCCAGGGGCAGCAGCAUGGAGCAGGGACGUGAUGGUCAGAUUUGA